UUUUUUUUUUUAUUGCAGACAAUGCGAUUAUUUUUUUUUAAAGCUCAUACGGAAGAAUAUCAAAAACAAACGGAACUUUAUGGUUAUGAACCACACUUUAUUCCUGUUUUAGAUCAAAUAUAUACAACUGAUGAAUUAAUUUCUGUAUUGAAACAAACUCCUUCUUCUUUGGGUAUUCAUGGUAUUAUUAUUACUUCACAACGAUCCAUUCAAACUUUGAAACAAGUCAAUCUGACUCUUGAUCAACAACAACGACAAGCAUGGCAAGGUAUACCUUUAUAUAUUGUAGGUGAUAACACAGCAAAAAAACUAGAACAAACUUUGGAUCAACAAUUAUUCUUUUUACCUGAUCAACCACGUCCUCUCAUUCUUACUGCAGAUAAUGCUUCUUGUUUAGCUGAUCAACUCAUUCAACAACAACAACAACAACAAAAAGGACUUUUAUUUUUGGCUGGGGAUAAACGACGUGAUGAAUUACCAAACAGAUUAACACAAGCAGGAUACCAUUUACAUUAUAUUCAAACUUAUCGAACUUGUCGUCAUGCUGAUUUAGCUACUCAUUUAAUCAACUAUCAACAACACAAGAUAGAUAUGGAUAAACAAAGCAAGAAUAUUAUCAAGGAAGACGAUUGGUCUAUUUACUUUAGUCCUUCUGGUGCAGAUUAUAUCCUAUCUCUUCAAUCUUCUCUUUGGCAUACGAAAAUCGCCGCCAUUGGUCACACCACUGCAAAUCAUUUAAAACAUUUAGGUUAUACCGUCCAUGCCAUUGCUACCAAACCUGAUAUCUCUCAUUUGUUAGAAGCUAUUACCCUUUAUGAUAGAAAUAUCUCACAUCAUUAAUCACUAGAUUAUACUCUUUUUUUUUUUUUUUUUAUGCGAUGAUAUCCAUUUUGUUUUUAAUUCACGUGUAUUAUAAUAAAGAUCUAAAUAAAUAAUAUGUAUAUACAAAAAAA